AGGCCCGCCGCCCUGGACCGGCCCACAUUCCUGCCGUCGACCGACAGACUCUGAACUUCAGCAGCCCGGGCAGCGAAAAUGUCUGACUUCUCAGAAGACCAGAUUCUUGAGUUCAAGGAGGCCUUUAUGCUGUUCGACCGGACGGGUGAUGGCAAGAUCAGCUACAGCCAGUGUGGAGACGUGAUGAGGGCGCUGGGGCAGAACCCCGUCAACGCUGAGGUGCUGAAGGUGCUGGGGAACCCCAAAGCCGAGGAGAUGAACCACAAGAUGCUGGACUUCGAGCAGUUCCUGCCCAUGCUGCAGGCCAUCGCCAAGAACAAGGACCAGGGCUCCUUCGAGGACUUCGUGGAGGGGCUGCGCGUCUUCGACAAGGAGGGCAACGGCACCGUGAUGGGCGCCGAGCUGCGCCACGUCCUCACCACGCUGGGAGAGAAGAUGACAGAGGAGGAGGUAGAGACGCUGCUGGCAGGACAUGAGGACGCCAACGGUUGCAUCAACUAUGAAGUCUUUGUGCGCCACAUCAUGUCUGGCUGAGCGUGCGUCGAGCUUGUCCGGAUGGUUAUGAGCGGUUGAAGAUUCGAGGAGCACCCCACAUCUAUUUUUAAUUCAUUGCGUAUUCUGUUUAUAUACAACUUUUUUUUUUGCCCCUGGCUCUUGUCUGCAUUCACUCCCUCCCCCCCCCAUCAGCAGCCCCCAUCUUUGUCAACAUUCAGUGUUUCUUUUCAGAAGUGCCUUUAUCUGUAGAAUCCCCUCCCCCGCUAUCCUUCCUCCAGUAUAAACCCACCUG